CGGCCGGCGGCAGCCCCCGGCACCGCAGCCGGCCAGGGCCGAGGCCGCCUAGCUCCCCGUGGGGCCGGGGCCGCGGCAGCCCCGCCUGGGACAGCCCCGCCUGGCGCAGCGUGGGGGCGGUGGGGCCGGGCCUGGGCCGCUCGGGCUCCGCCUGCCGCCGCCCGGGGGAGGGUAGGCGGGCCGCGGGGAACGGGGUAGGCCGCGGUUUCGGGCCUGGGCCUGGCCGCGGUCUGUUUGCGGGCUAAACCCUGCCGUGCCCGGGCGCGGCAGCCCGCGGAGGCUCGAGUUGUGCCUCACAAGCCCCGUGGGAGCGGGGAGGGCGGCCCGGCUGUGGGGGGCUGCGGGCGAGCUUAGGCCUCGGUAAGGCUUUUAGCGUGCCCUGGCCACAAAGUUACAGCGUGAUGCCUCAGACCAGCUGACAGGUUGCUAAAUCUGCUUUUACGCAGGGGCAUCUGAAGCUGUUGAGGCACCUGGACCUUGAAAUGAGGAUGAAACACAUCUGAAAAUGGGGUAGGCGCUAAAUCCGGGAGGACUUAAGGCUGGAGAUAGCACACCCCGUAAGGUGGUGUACCGACGUACUCAGAAUGUUGAUGGAUAUAACUUUCCUCGGCACAGGCUCAGCGUAUCCCUCUCCAACAAGAGGAGCAUCAGCAUUAGUGCUUCACAGGGAAGGAGAGUGCUGGCUCUUCGACUGUGGAGAGGGAACCCAAACACAGUUCAUGAAGAGCCAUCUCAAAGCAGGCAGAAUUACCAAGAUUUUCAUAACUCAUCUUCAUGGUGACCACUUCUUUGGACUUCCUGGCCUGCUGUGUACACGUAACCUCCAAAGUAGCCCUGACCCAAACAAACCACCUCUUGAUAUUUAUGGACCAUUGGGACUGCGAAACUUCAUAUGGAGGAGUAUGGAGCUCUCCCACUCACAAUUUCUCUUUCCCUACACUGUUCAUGAACUGGUACCUACACGGGACCAGUGCCCCUCAGAAGAAUUUAAGGAGUUUUGUCACUUGGACAGAGAUGAGGUAUCUCCCCAGGGAACACAAGGGAGAAUACUCCACCUGGAUCCAGUAGAAAACUCUUACUUGCUGGUUGAAGAUGAGGAGAUAGUUCUGAAAGCAUUUCGCCUAUUUCACUGCAUUCCUUCCUUUGGCUUUGUGGUAGAAGAGAAGCCCCGGACCGGUAAACUCAACGUACAGAAACUGAAAGACCUUGGAGUUCAACCAGGUCCUUUAUAUGGGAAACUGAAGAAUGGAACUGCAGUUGUUCUAGAAAAUGGAGUAAUGAUUUCUCCUUCUGAUGUUUUAGAAGACCCUAUUCCUGGAAGAAAAAUUUGCAUUUUGGGGGAUUGUUCAGGUGUGGUUGGAGAUGCGGCUGUGAAGCUUUGCUGUGAAGCAGAUGUACUGAUACAUGAAGCUACAUUAGAUGAUACCCAGGAGGAAAAGGCCAGAGAGCAUGGUCAUAGCACUCCAAAAAUGGCAUCAGAUUUUGAAAAAUUGUGUAAAGUUAAGAAACUGGUUUUCACUAACUUCAGUCAGCGGUAUAAACCAGCUGCUCAGAGAGGUGAGGGGGGUAUGGACGUCACCGAACUGAAGUGACAGGCAGAGUCAGUGUUAGAUGGUCAAGAAGUAACAUUAGCUGAGGAUUUUAUGACAAUAGAAAUUCCAAUGAAAAAUGAGAAAUAGCGUUAGCAAGCUCUGCAUGAAGACAAAGUAGGAUGGUGUUGGAUAGCACUUAAAAAUACUGGUGGUGUUUCUGGUACCAUAGAAUGACAGAAUCAUUUAGGUUGGAAAAGACCUGUAAGAACAUCAAGUGCAACCGUUAGCUCAGCACUGCCAAGCCCACCACUAUCCAUAUGAGUUCUUUUCUGUGGCACGCAGAGAACUGUUGCAAACUAGAGAGAGUACUAGGUACAGUUAGCGUUGCUUUUGUAAAGGAUACGCAAACAUCUGGAAUUAGGAACAAAUUCAUAAGUGAUGGUUUCAGACACCUAGCUUCCCCAGAAACUGAAUGUGUAGACUGGUGCAAGCCUUCACAGCCUUUUUCUUUUCAGCCAAGGUUUUCCUUGGACCACAGAUUCCGGGAGCAGAACACUGGAUCAUUUAGCUUAAUACAGCCCUCUGGAAGGUUUGUUUUCUGCACCAGAAUUUAAGAUAGCUCGCCUGUUGCAAGCUUUUGAAUAACGUCUAUUUCAAACUUGUAUACAGUAUUUUGUAACUGUAAGGGGACUGAAACUAAUAAAAGUACUUAUAACUCUGCCAAGUGUUUGUAACUAGGGGUGUUGCUAUGCUUGAGUUGAGGAGCGCUUCUAAUUCCCCCUUUGCAUAUGAAGUUUUCUCAUAAAUAAAAACAGUUUAGGCUUCCUAUCAAAAGUGAA